UUAGGCGCCCUUGUCAAGUAGCAGUUAAACUGGCUUAUGGGUUACCGUACUCUCGCUUUAACUGCCAAGAAGACACAACAGAAUCCAAAGCAACCGUGGACAUGAACGACACCUCCACCGCGAAGCUGGGAGAGGCCUACUCCAACGACAGGAAGCCAGGGUCUCACUACAUAGUAGGGGUCUUCCUUGGCACCUAUAGCAUUGGAUUUCUACUCUUGAUUGCGAUUCGGAUUCGUCGCUUAAUUCUCCAGAGGAGCAAGGAUGUUAUUGCCGACUUUAUGCAUCAACACGUUCCUGAACAAAACCAUCAAUUCUUGCACAUCCUCUCGAAAGGCUUGGUCUUUGCUACUAGCUUUGGAAUGAUCUACUCCGGACUGGGUGCUCGUUAUUUGAAUCAUGAUUUGCAUCCCGAUUGGGGAUUUUUCCAUUACAAGACGCACUUGACGUUGAUUUUCUUGUUUCUAUUUGCGGGUUUUGCCGGUGUCUUGGAAUCCCACGGAUACUUGCCCAAGGACAGCUUGCGAGCCAGUUUUACGGUGGGUCUCUGGGGAGAGGCACUGCUGUGGUACGAUCAUGCUCUCAUGAAAGAUGUACUCAUCGAUAUGCGUCUCCAUGAAUAUUUGGCAUUGACAUGCGCCUUUCCAGCCCUCGUCAUGACAAUCAGCUUGAUCCUGACGACGAUGAAGAGUAGCAACGUCACACUUUCGUUUCUAGUCUUUUUGGGAUCCAAUUUGGCGCUGCUGUGGCAUUCAAUAUGGUUUAUUACGGUUGGGGUACACCUCUCCGGGAUGCCCAUUCCCAACACGGGUACGGCCACCGAUUUGCUCGUCAUUCAGGCAGUACUUCUCAUAUUUGGGUGUCAGGUGGUGACUGCGCUCAUGGUGAGGUUGCAACGACGAAUAAACCCUCAAUCUGCACAGGAAAGCUAUGCUCUUGUUUCUGUUUCAGGCAAGGCCGACGAGGACGAAGAAACAGCAGAACAACAAUCCUCUGGGUUUUCCUAGUUAGCGAGACAAGCAAGAUGUGAACACCCAAAAUUACACAUGUGCCAGCACAGCACCAGUGCUGGACCACUUGCUAGCUUGAGAAGAUGCAAAUGGGCCAACCCAUCGGACUGAUUGUCGCGACUAUUGAUGCGAGAGCGAGGCUGUGUGUGGAGCUUGAUGUCCCAAAAGACAUUCAGUUUGAUCCAAAUUUGCCAGUGCAGCGUGCACUUUGCAAAAACCUCGUGAUCUAUUAUUUUGUAACGACUGAGUCACUAGUCUAUCCUUUUUCACG